AUGCCCAUCCUCCACCGGCAAAACCUCGACGACGACGAUGUGGUGCCCGCUCAUUACGGCGGCUGGUCCCCUCUCAGCCCAGGAGCGAUAGCUGGCGUUACCCUCGGCGCCGUUGCUGGAUUCUUGCUCAUUCUUUGGAUGAUUUACACCUGCCUCAACUUCGGACGACCCGUCGAGGCCGAGACCUCAACAGUGUAUACCGGCACUGCAACCUCGGUGCUCUCGGUGAGGCGUUCCCGCAGUCGCCAUGGUCACCGCAAACACCGCAGCCCGCGUCCAAGGAUAAUCGCGACGGAGGAGGUGAGAGUCCGGGAACGAGAGAGCGUGAGCAGGGGGCCUGGUCCAAUUAUCGUGGAUGCGGACCCCCCGAUGCAGGAGCGCAGAGCGAGCCGGCCGCCGCCGCCGCCCAGGGUGGUGUCAGAUGAUGAGGAUGAUGAGGUGGUAGUAAUCGAGGAGCAUACGCCAGAGAGGAGAAGGCGGCGACGCAGCAGCUCGCAGAGACAUAGCCGGCACCGGAGCCGAGACUACUGA